AUGAGCGGACUUGGAGCUAAUGCUGGUGCUGGUGCAGCUUCUACUCCUGUUAAACCGACGACGAUAUCGGGUAACAAUGGUACAUUUGCUGGAACGCACUCAAAUGCCGCAGUGUCGGCUAGUAAUGCAACAACACAAAUAGAAAAGAAAGAGGCUAUAGUUCCAAGAGAUGUGCGAUUACUUCAUCUCAUCUUUGCAACUCAAGGUAUACAGAAUUAUCAAGACCAUGUUCCGCUCCAGCUAAUGGAUUUUGCUCAUAGAUAUACCAAACUGAUUUUGAAAGAUGCUCUUAUAUAUAAUGAUCAUGCCAAACCACCAGGGGUUAAUCCUUCAGCGACAAACGCAACAGUAAAUACAGAUGAUAUCCGAUUAGCGAUUACUGCUAGAAGCAAUUAUCAGUUCAAACCUGUUCCUCCAAAGGAAUUGAUGUUGGAGUUGGCUCAAGAAAGAAACUCAAAACCUUUACCUCCAGUUAUACCUAAAUGGGGGUUAAAUUUACCUCCAGAAAAGUAUUGUUUAACGGCAAAGAACUGGAGUAGUAUAUAUGAUGAGCCUGAAGAAAGUUUAAAGGAAGAUAGUGGACAGCAAAAGAAGAAGAUUAAAACGACACUAUCGACGACACUAUCGACGACACUAUCGAGCGGAGCGAGAUAUAUCAUCGAGCAGAGCGAGGUAGUGUUAGUGGCAGAGCGUGAUAGUAUCAUCGAGCAGAGCGAGGUAGUGUUGGUGGCAGAGCGUGAUAGUAUCAUCGAGCAGAGCGAGGUAGUGUUAGUGGCAGAGCGUGAUAGUAUCAUCGAGCAGAGCGAGGUAGUGUUGGUGGCAGAGCGUGAUAGUAUCAUCGAGCAGAGCGAGGUAGUGUUAGUGGCAGAGCGUGAUAGUAUCAUCGAGCAGAGCGAGGUAGUGUUGGUGGCAGAGCGUGAUAGUAUCAUCGAGCAGAGCGAGGUAGUGUUAGUGGCAGAGCGUGAUAGUAUCAUCGAGCAGAGCGAGGUAGUGUUGGUGGCAGAGCGUGAUAGUAUCAUCGAGCAGAGCGAGGUAGUGUUGGCGGCAGAGUAG